CUGACCUUUUAAUUAUCUAUUGAUUAAACGCAGUUGUCCACGUUAAAGGGAAAUAUACAUAAGAAGCAGCUUACGACAGACAGACACCAUGGACGCCAAGGAGUUUAGAAAACGUGGGCGGGAAAUGGUAGAUUACAUCGCCGAUUACCUCGAGAAUAUACGAGAACGUGAUGUGGUUCACAAAGUAUCUCCUGGAUACCUUAAAGAUCUUUUGCCAGAUGAAGCACCGAAAGAUCCAGAAAAUUUUGAUGAAGUUUUCAAAGAUAUUGAACGAGUGAUAAUGCCCGGUGUAACACAUUGGCAUAGUCCAUAUUUCCACGGAUAUUUUGCUCCCGGAAGCUCCUACCCAUCCAUUCUUGGUGAUAUGUUAUCAGAUGCUAUUGGUUGUAUAGGAUUUUCUUGGGUGACAAGUCCUGCAUGUACAGAACUGGAAGUCGUCACUACGGACUGGCUUGGAAAAAUGAUAGGUCUACCUGAAGAAUUUCUACACGGUACUGAGGGACCAGGAGGCGGGGUCAUACAGUCAACAGCAAGUGAAACAGUCCUUUUAUGUCUGUUAGCAGCGAGAACACGUAUUGUUAACAAAUACAAGAAAGAAAAUACAGAAAUGAAUGAAGUUGAGAUCAUCUCAAAACUUGUUGGUUACUGUUCUACACAGGCGAACUCGUCUGUGGAACGGUCUGGAUUGCUUGGAGCUGUACAAAUGGUUAAGCUUAUACCUGACAGUAAUCACAGCGUCCGAGGGGAGACGCUAAGACAAGCUAUCAAACGGGAUAAAGAUAAAGGCAACAUUCCAUUUUUUAUCUGCGUAUCCUUGGGAACAACAGGGACAUGUGCUUUCGACAACUUAGCAGAAAUCGGACCUAUUUGUGAAGAGGAGGGUAUAUGGCUACAUAUUGACGCGGCAUAUGCAGGCAGCGCAUUCGUUUGUCCAGAGUUCAGACAUUACAUGAAAGGAAUAGAGUAUGCAGAGACUAUCAGCAUUAACCCACACAAAUGGAUGUUAAUUAACUUUGACCUCUCUGUAAUGUGGAUAAAAGACAGUACACUGUUAGUUGAUGCUUUUAAUGUUGAUCCGGUAUAUCUGAAACACAUGAACCAAGGAAAAGUACCAGAUUACAGGCACUGGCAGAUUCCACUUGGUCGCCGGUUUCGAUCAUUGAAGUUAUGGUUUAUGCUUCGUUCAUAUGGUGUUUCAGGAGUUCAAAAUUACAUCAGAAAGCACGUUAAUUUGGCAAAGCAAUUUGAAAAGUUAGCGAGAGAAGAUGGACGCUUCGAGAUAGUUGCAGAAGUUGUUAUGGGACUUGUAUGUUUUAGAUUAAAAGGUCAAAAUGAACUUAAUGAAAAACUGAUGGAAGAAAUUAUUGAAGACAGGCGAAUAUUCCUCAUUCCAGCAUUCGAUAAAAAAAUAUAUUUCCUCCGCUUUGCCAUAUGUGCAGAACGUACCAACUCCAGAGAUGUAGAAUAUUCAUUUGGUGUAAUCAGAGAUUGUGCAAAUAAUGUGUUGGCUGUGCAUUCUAAGACACCAUUGAAACAUACCCCAGUUAUAGUUGACAUUGACCAACAGCCCAGAAAUAACGGGAAGCUAAUUAGUCACAAUCAGUACUCCGACAACGAACAGGAGAUUUAAACAAUAAAAAACAUAAGGUUUAUUCCAUUCUACCUAUGCUACAUUUAAAGAAAUUCAUGAAUAGAAUUAUGUAUAUUUACAUGUAGCAAGACUAAACGUAAUUAAGAUACUAGCGCCAAACUUGCAAUUUGAACAUCUUAAUUGUUAAAACUCGUUUUUCCUGUAUGAAAAUCACGCUUACAGCAUGGGCUUUUUCAAAGUCAUUUCUGAGUUGUCCUUAAUCAGGAAUGCUCAGAGAAAACAGCUUUUAAAGCCAAAAGAGUAAACCUAUUUAGAGCAAGAAAAAAAAAUGCAGAACUAAAGAACAUUAAAAUCAUUCGGAGUUCAACUAUAUGUCAGGGCAAAGUGAAACUUUAUUUGAAGUAUUAUUACAAAAUGUACUACUUUUUUUAAAUUGCAACAUCCAUCAUACGAUUUUAUAUUUAAUCCAAUUGUUUAUAAAUCCUGUUGUGUCAGAAUCAUUCAUUUAAUAAGAAACACUUUCAUUUAGCGAAGAUUUAGUUUGGAAAUAAAAGGGUUUACAAGUUCAUGGUAAUUGUUGUCCCACACAAUCGCUCUAAUAUGAAUGCCUUAUCUCUUUUCGUGUAGUUAGUUGUCAAAAUUGUUUCAUCUGACAACAAAGUACAAAGUCAUAUUAAUUAAAAGGAUAUGCAUCACAAUAUCGAUAAUAAUUUAAGUCGUCAUUAUUAACAUUAUCUUCAUUUUCAAGUCCUAUUGGAAAUCUGAUAAAAUUAUUUGUCAAAUUGUGAGUUAUUCAAAAUAAUGUGUUCUAUGCAAUAAAAAAAAAUACUAUACUUUU